UAAAUCUUCUUCCAUGUUUUCUUUGUCACGAGAUACCCUUUGUUCGCCGCUGUGAGAGAGAGAGAUCAGAAAUGGCGAGAGCCAUGGUAGAACAUCGAAUGGGCUGACAACAGGUGGUCGGGGCGAGCUUCUCUUCUUCCAACAUUGCCUCCUUUGCGCUUUGCAUUCAUGAGUUCUCGCCAGGCGUUUUCCGUCAUGAUGAACUUCUUGGCUGAAGUCAAUGAAGUGCUCUGGUGGUGGUCGUGAUCAGUGCGAAGACGCGAAGACUGAUGAAAACAGCGCAGAUUCCAGGAUAAUGAGCGCGAAAACUACGUCACCGGAGUGAUGAACCGCACGCCCCUCCUAGAUCUAGACUAGACUGGAGAAUCCCCACGCCAUUGUAUGCCGUUUCUAUCUUCCCUUUCCUUCCCGCCUCCUUCAACCACAGCUCCUUCUUCUCGCACGCCUUCUUAACCACCGUCCCUCUCUCAUUCCCAAACAAUGGCCCCCAACCUCCAAACCACGGGCCCCCUCCGCGUCUUCGUCACGGGCGCCACCGGAUACAUCGGCUCGACCGCCAUCGACCUCCUCCUCCACAAAGGAACCACGCCCUCGCUCUACUCUCUCCGCGCCCUCGUCCGCUCCCCCAAAAAGGCCUCCCUCAUCCUUCCCCUCGGCAUCGAACCCAUCCUCGGCUCCCUCGACGACCUCGCCCUCCUCGAGCAAGAAUCCGCUCAAGCAGAUGUUGUCCUCUCCUUCGCCGACGCUGACCACCUCCCUUCCAUCCAAGCAAUCCUCAGAGGACUAUCCCAACGCCCCCGCCCCGACGGCGGAAGGAAGAGACCCAUCCUAAUUCAUACCUCAGGAACGGGCGUUCUCCUCGACAACGCCUAUGGCGCCUAUGGCACCGAGACCAUCUACUACGACAACGACCUCGCGAAGCUCAACUCUUUGGCGCCUUCGCAGCCACAUCGAAACGUCGACCUCGAAAUCAUCUCCCCCGCCCUCGUCGGUCUCGUCGACACCUACAUCGUCGCACCUCCAACCAUCUGGGGGCAAGGCACCGGACCCGGGAACCAUACCUCUAUCCAGAUCCCCCUCCAAGUUCGAGCCUCCCUCCUUCAUUCCCAAGCCAUGCAGCUUGGUCAAGGGCUCAACGUCUGGUCGAAAAUCCAUGUCAUUGACCUCGCACAUCUUUAUCUUUCAUUGCUCGAACGUGCGCUUCAAGAGCCCCAGGAUGACUCUAUAACAGGAACGCUGCCAAAGAACCAGGACGCUUAUUACUUCUGUCAGGAGGGUGAAGAUUUUUCCUAUGGCGACGUCGCAAAGGAGAUCGCAAAGGCGUUUAAGGAUCUUGGGAUUAAUGACUCGGGAACUGUCAGAGGAACCAAGCCAGAGGAAGAAUCAGCGCUCUGGCUCGAAGGUGCUGCUGGAUCGAUUGGAGGAAACUCGAGAUCGAGGGCCAUCAAGGCCAGAGAAAUUCUCGGAUGGGUGCCGGAAUUCAAGGACUUUGCAGGAUACAUUCACGACGAAAUCAAGCGACAGCUCAAGGAGCAGGGUCGUCGGAGGUGAACGCACCAUACGCCGACCUGUAUCUACUGUACGUACGCCUCGAGAAAUAAAUUAAGAGCGUUUGUUCCACCACCAACCGAUA